GGUUCUAUAACACUUUUUAUAAAAAGGCAGAUGAAGCCAUGCUAAAUCAUCAGUUAACGUUGGUUCCCUGUUCGAUAACUUCACAAUAAACAAAAUGUUCAAAUUCUUGAUGAUCUGCGCUAUUGUUGGCUUGGCCGCCGCCUUCCCAGGUGUGCCAGUCGUAGACGAAGUAGAUGGUGUCGUCCUUCGCAGUGAGGAUAUCCGUCCAGAUGGCUUUGAGUCCAAACUGGAGACAGUCAAUGGCAUCAAUGACCAGCGUUCCGGCGAUGAGUACGGCAACAUCAAGGGCAGCUUCAGCUACAUCUCCCCCGAAGGCGAGCAUGUCCAGAUCACCUAUGUGGCUGAUGAGAAUGGUUUCCAGCCAUCUGGUGAAGUGCUGCCCACUCCACCCCCAAUCCCAGUUGAGAUCCAGAAGGCCCUUGAUUGGAUCGCAGCUCAUCCUUCGGUUGAACACUAAGCCAUUCAACUAUUGAUGAUCCCUAUGACUAUUGCUUGACUUCAAAAAUAUUUAAGUUUUUCAUUCAUGACACAUGAUUUUAUACGAGUAUAAAAAUACAUGCAGCAAAUUGCAUAAUGCAAACAAA